UUGCAACUUCAAUGGUCUUUUGUUGCUGUUCAGGCAGUUGUUGUUCCAUAAAUUGUUGUGAAGACAAAAAUGGCCAUUCAAUUCCUAGGCUUACAAAAAUCGAAGAGAAGAAUUUAUCGAUGGAAGAACAAUUAAUGUUGGCUAUAAAACGCUCAUCUCUACGAUCAAUUGUUAAUUGCUAUAUUAGAGGUGUCAAUGCAGAUGCUGUAAUAGAUCCAACUAAUGGAGAAAAUCCCCUACAUCUUGCUGUUAGAACAAACCUUACAACAGUACAAGCGGUCCUUCUCCUUUACGCAAAUGAGCAAAUGUUGACUGGACGGAACAAUAAUGGAGAUCAACCGUUACAAUUAGCAGGCAGUUAUUCUUCAAGAAUACGCAAAUGUAUUCAACUUUUUAUCGACAUUCAUUGUAAAAAGGAUAAAGAAGACUCUGACGAUGAAGGAGAGAACGAAGAAGAAAAGUUGCCAAAUAAUGAUGAAAGAACCAAGCCUCCAAUUCUUCUUUCUCUUGAUGGGGGUGGAAUUAAAGGACUUGUGCUAAUAAGGGUGCUUUUGAUUAUCGAGAGAAAUUUGGGCAAGGAUUUAUGGCCCCUAAUCGACUGGGUUGCUGGAAAAUCAUUAACGGAUUGUCAAAAGCUUUAUUUACAAUUAAAGAAUAUUGUCUUUAGAGGAUCUCGACCAUACAAUCCUGUAGUGUUGGAACGAAUAUUAAUUCAGACAUUGUCCACAGAUUUUAUUUCUUCAAUUGAAAAGCCAAAAUUAUUACUAACCUCUGCUAAAAUGAAUAUUGCACCUCCUUCAUUGGUUCUCUUUCGCAGCUAUCAACUCCCAGAGGAACUUACAAAAGGGGAGGACAAGAUGGAAGAGAUGGGAUAUGUUGACAGAAAUGUGACUACUAUAUGGAAAGCAGCUCGUUGUUCAAGCGCCGCUCCAACAUAUUUUCCACCGUUUGACGACAUUUACGUCGAUGGAGGCGUUAUUUGCAACAAUCCAACGAUGGAAUUGCUUACAGAAUUUGUAAAACUCCGUCCUUAUUUUAAAUUGCCCAAUCCACAUUGUGUUAUAUCAAUUGGCACAGGAACUCCUCCCUCGAAGAGUUUAACAAUUCAUAGAUCUUUUAUUUGGAGACUUCUUCAACGAGUUUCGAGAAAUACCGAAUUUAUGCGGAAUAUGGCACAAGGGCUUGUGGAGCAAAUUACCGAAUCAAACCGUCGACCUGUUAUGCAUUGUAGUGCUUUCUGUGCUGCUUUAGGCGUCCCCUUCUUUCGUUUCUCUCCGCGUUUGAGUGAUGAUGUGCGUAUAAACGAAGUGGAUGAUGCCUGUAUUCUUAAAAUGCUUUGGGAUGUUGAAGUUGCAAUGUAUGCAGCAAGGAAGGAUGUAGAUAAACUAGUUAAAAUUCUUAAAAGUCGAAUAUAA